CAUGACUUUGCCGUAAACCCCAUAUGAAUCGUGUUUGCCUUAUCUUUUCCACAAGAAAGAAAGCUCUGUGAAGUUCCCUCAUAACCCAGCUUGGAGACGAAGACAGAGAGAAGAAGAAAGCUUUGUUUCUUUGAUACAGCAUGUUCUGAAAUCUCUCAUCAGCUACUUACUUAUGUUUCAAGAUUCAAAUCAAAUGCCCUUCACCAGAAAUUGGCUUCUUUGGACAAAUUUUCUUUCUGAGAUCUUCUGGAUUGUUGGCUGAGUGAUCUCAUGUCUUCUUAUAAACACUCCACUUUGUGUGGAGUUGACUUGGAGAUAGCUUCUUUGAGAAGUUUCAGAAAUAGCUGCUUUGUGAAGGUAGAUUUGUGGGCUGCAUAUGAUAUUACAAGGAGAGUUCGACCUUCUUAUGCAACUUUGUCAGCUCGGCCUGGAAAACAGUUGAGGAAAGUUUGGGUAAAACAUUCAAGCAUGGGGGUCAAUAUGAAGCGGUAUUCAGAUAUCAUAAUUGGGCCAUGGAAAAGGGAUUCAAUGAUUUCACUACGGCCUUUCAUCUUAUCUGCAGCCAAAAAUGCAGAUACUUAUUUUGGCAAUAGUUUUGCUAUCGGUAGAGUAUAUCCUGAAAUAUAUCCGUGGGUGGAGGAGCCAUGGCUGGUUCAACCAUCUGUUCUACAUAAUCAUGUAGCAAAUUCUAGUACUUCUAACAUCAGUCAAGAUAAUGAGGAGGUUGUACAAUCCCAAAGUAGCAAAGAGACAAAUGAUUUUGGCGAUUCAGUGAUUGAGCAUCUGAACUCUACUUAUUCCAAGGAUGUGAUAGAUGCUGUUAAUCUAGAAUCGAAUCUGAAUGGUGCUGUUCUUGGAAGAAACUACCCAGUUGAAGAGCCUUGGCUAUUUGAGUCAUCUCUCUGCAUGACUUCUGUUGACGCAGUGUCUUCUGAUGAUGAAUCUGUUGAGGCAGCACAUACUGUAAUCAAGGAUGAACAUCUUGAAACUGCAGACGAAUUGUUCUCUGAAGAAAAGAAUAGUACUGAUACUGAUGAUUCUCUUUCUACCAUUAUAUUGAUUAACUCGUCUGUGUGUACUAUGCAAAGGAUAGCUGUCCUGGAAGAUGGGAAGUUGGUUGAGCUUUUACUCGAACCCAUUAAGAACAUUGUGCAGUGUGAUAGUGUGUAUCUUGGUGUGAUAACAAAACUUGUUCCACAUAUGGGUGGUGCUUUUGUAAAUAUUGGAAGUACUAGACCUUCACUUAUGGAUAUAAAGCAUUAUAAGAAACCUUUCAUAUUUCCAUCUUACCACCAUCAUAUAGAAGAAGACGUAAAUGGACAUUCUCUUAACACGCUAGGACUGCAAGAAGAAGCCCGUGAAAAUGAGAACAACAUGGAUGAAGCUGAUGUUGCUGUUGAGAUUGAAGAACAUGAAACUGAUAACGAAUUGAUGCAACAAUACAUGCAUAAUCAUUACACGGAACAGGAAACUGAAGAUGACUUUGAUAUUCAAGAAGUUGUAGGUGAAAAUGUUAAUGGAAGCUUGUCAGGCAAUUAUGAGGUGGAUUCUCAUUUUGAUGUCUUCCCAUACCAAGCAGAUACAAAUAUUCACCUUGCAAAAGAAGAAGACGAAACCUCCAAUAACUUAGGUGUAAAGAAAGAUGCAUCUAAAGGGAAAAACAAUUGGAGCAGGGUCAAGAAAGGCACAAAAAUAGUGGUGCAAGUUGUCAAAGAAGGACUGGGUUCAAAAGGCCCUAUGUUGACUGCUUAUCCAAAGCUAAGGAGCAGAUUUUGGGUCUUGAUUACACGUUGCAACACAAUUGGGGUUUCGAAAAAGAUAUCGGGCGUUGAGCGUACCCGCCUUAGAUUAAUUGCGAAAACGUUGCAGCCUCAGGGUUUUGGCCUAACCGUAAGGACUGUAGCUGCUGGUCAUUCCAUAGAAGAGUUGCAGAAGGACUUAGAAGGCUUGCUUUCAUCUUGGAAGGAUAUUAUGGAGCAUGCUAAAUCUGCUGUACUUGCUGCAGAUGAAGGCAUAGAAGGGGCAGUUCCCAUUUUGUUGCAUAGUGCGAUGGGCCAAACUUUAUCUGUCGUUCAGGACUAUUUCAAUGAGAAGGUUGCAAGUAUGGUUGUUGACUCUCCAAGAAUAUAUUAUGAGAUUACCAAUUACCUCCAGGAAAUCGCACCUAAACUUUGUGAUCGAGUUGAGCUAUACACCAAAAGAGUUCCUCUUUUUGAUGAAUACAACAUUGAGGAAGAGAUAAAUAACACAAUCAGUAAAAGGGUACCUCUUGACAAUGGGGGUUAUUUGGUAAUUGAGCAAACAGAAGCUUUGGUUUCAAUUGAUGUGAAUGGUGGGCAAUGCAUGCUUGGUCAGGGGACUUCACAAGAAAAGGCUAUUCUCAAUGUCAACCUUGCUGCAGCCAAACAGAUUGCUAGAGAAUUGAGGUUGAGAGAUGUUGGCGGCAUUAUUGUGGUGGACUUCAUUGACAUGUUGGAUGAUGCAAAUAAAAGACUUGUCUAUGAAGAAGUUAAAAGAGAUGUUGAGAGAGAUCGAUCAAUGGUGAAAGUCAGUGAACUAUCAAAACAUGGACUUAUGGAAAUUACAAGAAAGAGGGUUCGACCUAGUGUGACAUUUAUGAUUAGUGAGCCGUGUAACUGCUGUCAUGCAACUGGAAGAGUAGAAGCUUUGGAGACCUCAUUUUCCAAAAUUGAGCACGGGAUCUGUCGUCAUCUCGCAAUGAUGGAUAAAAGAGCAGAUCCAGAAAACCCAAAGACUUGGCCUAGAUUUGUUCUACACGUCGAUCGAUACAUGUCUAAUUACUUAACUUCAGGGAAAAAGACUCGUCUUGCUGUCUUGAGCAGUUCUCUCAAAGUUUGGAUUCUUCUGAAGGUUGCUAGAGGAUUUACUAGGGGUGCAUUUGAUUUGAAACCAUUGGUGGAUGAGAAAGAUUACAAGAAUCAGAAUCAAGUCGCCAUUUCCAUAUUAGGAACAACAACGAAAAAAACGGAGGCCAGUAGUGAUCGUCGGUCAGAUAGUGGAAAAAAAGUGACCAUCUAUCCUAUCAAGAAAUGGAGAACUGCCAAAAGAUGAUAUACAUCGCCAUUAUUGCUAAUAAUGCUAUUAGUCUCUUGUUUGCCACCACCAGGUAGCAUUAAGGAGGUCAUGAAAGAAGGCUCUAACUCAUUCUCAAGAUAAUGGAAAUUUGUGGUGGUGGAUUUACAAGACAGUUUCACAAAAGAAAUCGAAGCUCAGAAUACCAGCCAGAUGUUUUUGAGUCAUUUAAUCUGGCCCAGAGACGAGAUAAAAUACUUGUCAGUAAUUGUUAAAUAAAAAAAAAUUAAAAAGAGGAAGAGUCUAAUAAGUUUAAUGAGUUAAAACCAAGUUGUGUUUUAUUUUUGUCUUAUCGAAUUUUUGGUUAAUAGGAGUAGGGAUUUUGUUGUUAUUAUUGAGAUUGGAACAUGGAAUUGCCAAUUUUUUAAAGUGGUAUCUUUCAAAAUUUGUAUGAUUA